AUGGAACCAUUCACACCAGAAAUAUUAACUUCUGUUGUACUUAUUGCUAUUGUAUUGUCAGGUGUAACAUUUGUUGCACUCACAAUUCUUAUUAUUUGCUUAAUACGUUCUAAACGUGGUAGAGUGAAAGCUGAAAUUGAUGAUAAUGAUAAUGAUGACGACGACGAUGACGAUGAUGAUGGUGAUGAUGAUGAUGACGUAUCACUACCAGCAACAUCUAAAGAUUCAUCUCAUACUCGUUCGCCCUCUAUCUCGCCUACUCUAUCAUCACCAUCAAUUCGAACUCCUGCAGGCCAAACUCCUAUGGUUCAAAUUCCACAAAAGAAAAAACUGCCAUCAGCGGCACCCAAACAUCGGUCUCGUGUAAUUUCUGUUACAGAUGAAUAUUCUUCUAAUGAUCAAAUGAAACAUAAACAUGCAUAUAGACAUGACGCAAGUUACGAUACGAUAAUUACGAAUGAUAGUAGAUUACAAAGUUCACAACCUCAACAAAAACAACAACAUGCAAAACUAUUUAAACCAGUAAUAGAAGGUAAUUUCGUCACUCGUGAAACACCCUAUCCACCUGAUAUUAUUAAGCGUGAACAAUUUAUGAUCGCGACUCGUGGAAAUCCAAAUGAUAAAUAUGUUUAA